CGCAAUAUCAAGUGUUGGUAAUAUGUUUGCAAUCUUUUAGUGUGCGCAGACACCUUGAUGGAAUAUGUUACUCCAGUCUCAAUGGUGUUUGAAAUUAUAAAUGGAUGUUAAUUCAUGUAAAAAACGGUGGCUGGUUUGAUUAUAAAUACGCCAGAAUAAAACUUACAAAUAUUCAUUGUUUGCGUAAGGUCGCAACAUCAUUGAAGGCUUUAAGUUAAGGAAUAUGGAUUUGAUCAAAGCUGUGCUCGUUAUGAUAUUUUGGUUGGCGUUUUCUGACAGCAGUAGGAUACUUCUCGCCCCACUUAAUAGUAUAGGCUAUAAUAGUCGAAUGAGAAAUGUCCUAAGAAUUGGGCGAAUUUUACUGCAAGCUGGCCAUGACGUGACUGUGAUCGUGUCAGAUAGGACGGAGAAAGAAUCUCUGUUUCAACAUGCAGAGGGCGCUACCUUCGAAUCUGAGUUCAGUGUUUUAAACUAUAAGACCCCCGAAUUUAAUCCGGAUACAGUCGACUCCACUGCAAAUCAGGAAUGGCUCGACAAAUGGGUAAAUCGACCCUAUACCACCCUUCUUCAAAUCGUAGGACAAGUGUAUGAAGAUAACUUAGAAUUCGCAUUGAGAGACAAGGAAAUGUGGAAUAAAAUAGCGUCGUCAAAAUUUGAUCUCAUUUUUGCAGAUGACGCUGUAUUUUUUCCGAGACUGGUUUCUGCAUAUUUUAACAUACCAAUGAUUGUUUACUCUAACUGGGGUCCAAUGUCAAUUGACCCCAACUUCAUUCCACGAUAUAAUCUGGCAUAUGUUCAUGCUUUUUUCCCUGCAACGUUCACGGAUGAAAUGACAUUUACAGAACGGUUCAUGAACGUUGUAGAGUUUUGGCGUAUAAAGUGGACAUGGUACGAUAUGUACAAUCGGUUCAUCUCUAUCUGCAGAGAACAUAGUUAUGGUGAUGCAUGUGACAACAUAAGAGAUGCAUACAAGACCAUAUCAUUGAUCAUGAUGAAUAGAAAUGAUGCCGUCCAUUACCCUGCCCCGUAUAUGCCACAUAUCAUAUCUGUUGAAGGGUUUUUCUUAAAGUCUGAAACGGAACCUUUAGAAACAGAGUACAGAAAUAUCAUAAAGGAAGCAGGAGAGCAAGGCAUAAUUGUUGCUAGUUUUGGAUCUACGCUUCGUAGAUUAAGUCCUAAAAUGAGAGAAAAGUUUGCGACUGCCUUCGCCGCAAUGCCCCAGACUGUCAUAUGGAGCUAUGAGGGCCCCCCGCCAAAAGGACUCGGAAAUAACACAAUCGUGAACAAAUGGAUACCCCAAGAGAGUCUCUUGGCACAUCCCUCUACAAAGUUAUUUGUGACACACUGUGGAGCGUCUGCGUUAUUCCAAGCAUUGCAUUAUGGUAUACCAACUGUUGGAUUGCCAUUCUUUUGGGACCAGCCUUUUAACUGCCACAAACUAACUCACAAAAUAAUGUCUGGAAAAACAGUUAUGCCAAUAGAAACGACGAGUGAAGAAUUGAAGAACGCUAUGCAAGAGGUGAUCAAUGAUGAACGCUAUAAACAUAAUGCAAACAAAACUGCUGAUAUCUACCAUAGUCAGCCUAUUGAUCCAAAGAAGAAGCUUGUGUAUUGGAUAGAGUAUGUCAUCAAACAUAAAGGGGCACAUCAUUUGAGGUCUAAUGCAGAAAACGAGCUAAAUGUUUUCCAGUACUACCUUCUUGAUAUAAUAGCACUGGUUGUGUGUUCUUUUGUUGUAUUUGGUGGUAUCAUCGCUAUUGUUAUCACACAUUUGAUCAAAUACGUAAUAUACACGUACUACAAAUUAUAUAAUCACAAAAUGAAAAAAGAUUAGACAACAUUAAAAGAAGCAUUGGACUCAGUGCAUUGUGUACCGAAACAUUCUCCAAGAAGGUGGUAUUUUAAUCCUUGCACGAGAUGCGCAGCUGGAAAUGCCCAUUCCUAUACGUAUUUCAAUCUUAUUAAGGAUACCUAUUGCUCAACGCCCGUUUCCAUGGCAACGGCACCUGUUUAAACACUAAUCAUAUAUCACACAUCAUAGACAGUUGUCAAAGCUUUGCAUUGAUACCAACUUUUCUCAUAGGGUCAAAAUCCUACUAAAGUUAUGAUAUCAAUAAGAAUGUAUACAAUGGUAGAAAUUCGCCAAUAUUUUGUCAUUUGCGAUAAUGCCGAACUGCUGAGUAUUUCUGUAACUCAGGCCACAAUUUAAAUCACCUUAUAUCAUAAUAUCUCAGAGAGUAAAUUAUCAAUGUUUACAAUUUAUAUACCAAAAUGAUCGUGAGAGCAGUAGCUUUCAUUUGAUAUACAUAAAGGUAACAUUUGUAAGCAAUUGUGAUUACACAAUCUAAUGGUGUUAAUAAUUUCAUAUGAGACCAACUGUUUUUCAUUCAAAAUAGACCAU